AUAUUUUUCGUAUUUAAGAUGAAAUCCAACAUGAGUGUUGCGAUUUUUGCUGUAUAUUCGUUCGGUCUUAUUGUUUCUUUGAAUAGUUCACCCAUGGUACCAAGCAGUGGUGAGACAUCAGGAAACAAUCAGGGAACCAACUUGCCUCCACUUAUUAAAAACUAUUUAGUAAAUGUAGUCUUACCAAGCGGUGGUGGGAUAUCAAGGAACAAUCAGGGAACUAUCUUGCCCGUAUCUAUAAGAAACUUUUUAAAACGUCUUUUGUCUAACGUAAAUGAAAAUGAAUUGCCCGAAGAUGUAUUAAAAUGGAUAAACGGUCCCGAUUUUUUAAAAGCACUAAAUGAUGUAAAAGAUGAUACAGCUUUAAAUUGCUAUUUGAAUGUACAACUAGACUCAGAUUUUAUUGGACAGCUUAUCUUUACCAGGAACUUUAUUCGUGUAGUCAUUAAAAAUAAUCCGAUAAAUUUUAAUGAACUGAUAGACAGUGUACGUGAAUAUAUAAUCCUUUUCACCAAAUCAAAAUUAAGAACUGGACAUCAUGCAGUUACAAAAGAAUUGAUCGAUACGUUCAUAAGAGACGUGGAAAAUAAUUUCUAAAACAAAAAUAUUAAUGAUUUGUAAAUUAUAAUAUAUUUGUUUUGUUUGAUUGGAGCUUUAUUGUUUAUUUUUUAUAAUAAACUGUACGUUAAAAAUCGUUAAAAAUGUUAAAAAACAGGUACAUAAAAAAUAAUAA